CCAGGAAAGAGAUCACUGAACACUGGGAAUGGCUUGAGCAGAAUCUACUACAGACACUCUCCAUCUUUGAAAAUGAGAACGAUAUCACCACGUUUGUGAGAGGAAAAAUCCAGGGCAUCAUUGCAGAAUACAACAAAAUCAAUGAUGUAAAGGAAGACGAUGACACAGAGAAGUUUAAAGAAGCUAUCGUGAAAUUUCACCGACUGUUUGGGAUGCCAGAGGAAGAGAAACUUGUCAACUAUUACUCUUGCAGCUACUGGAAGGGGAAGGUCCCCCGUCAGGGUUGGAUGUACCUCAGUAUCAACCACCUUUGCUUUUAUUCUUUUCUUAUGGGAAGGGAAGCCAAACUGGUCAUCCGGUGGGUGGACAUCACUCAGCUGGAGAAGAAUGCCACACUGCUGCUGCCUGAUGUAAUCAAAGUGAGCACACGGUCCAGUGAGCAUUUCUUCUCUGUAUUCCUCAACAUCAACGAGACCUUCAAGUUAAUGGAGCAACUCGCCAACAUAGCCAUGAGGCAGCUCUUGGACAAUGAGGGCUUUGAACAAGAUAGAUCCCUGCCCAAACUGAAAAAGAAAUCUCCUAAGAAAGUGUCUGCUCUAAAACGUGAUCUUGAUGCCAGGGCAAAGAGCGAGAGAUACCGUGCCCUUUUCCGGCUGCCCAAAGAUGAAAAAUUAGAUGGCCACACAGACUGCACCCUCUGGACUCCAUUUAACAAAAUGCACAUUUUGGGGCAGAUGUUUGUGUCCACAAAUUACAUCUGCUUCACCAGUAAGGAGGAGAACUUAUGUAGCCUCAUCAUCCCACUCCGUGAGGUGACAAUUGUAGAAAAGGCAGACAGCUCCAGUGUCCUCCCCAGUCCUUUAUCCAUCAGCACCCGGAACAGGAUGACCUUCCUGUUUGCCAACUUGAAAGACAGAGACUUUCUAGUGCAAAGGAUCUCAGAUUUCCUGCAGCAGACAACUUCCAGAAUAUACUCUGACAAGGAGUUUGCAGGAAGUUACAACAGUUCAGAUGAUGAGGUGUAUUCUCGGCCCAGCAGCCUUGUCUCCUCCAGCCCCCAGAGAAGCAUGUGCUCCGAUGCUGAUGGAGAGCGUCAGUUUAAUCUCAAUGGCAACAAUGUUCCCACAGCCACACAGACCCUCAUGACCAUGUAUCGGCGGCGGUCUCCCGAGGAAUUCAACCCGAAAUUGGCCAAAGAGUUUUUGAAAGAGCAAGCCUGGAAGAUUCACUUCGCUGAGUACGGGCAAGGGAUCUGCAUGUACCGCACAGAAAAGACACGGGAGCUGGUGCUGAAGGGCAUCCCAGAGAGCAUGCGUGGUGAGCUCUGGCUGCUGCUCUCAGGUGCUAUCAAUGAGAAGGCCACGCAUCCUGGGUACUAUGAAGACUUAGUGGAGAAGUCCAUGGGGAAGUAUAACCUCGCCACAGAGGAGAUUGAGAGGGAUUUACACCGCUCCCUUCCAGAACAUCCAGCUUUUCAGAAUGAAAUGGGUAUUGCCGCUCUGAGAAGAGUCUUAACAGCUUACGCUUUCCGAAAUCCCAACAUAGGUUACUGCCAGGCCAUGAAUAUUGUCACUUCAGUUCUGCUGCUUUACGCCAAAGAGGAGGAAGCUUUCUGGCUGCUUGUGGCUUUGUGUGAACGCAUGCUCCCGGAUUACUAUAAUACCAGGGUUGUUGGUGCACUGGUGGACCAAGGUGUCUUCGAAGAGCUAGCGCGAGACUACGUCCCACAGCUUUAUGACUGCAUGCAGGACCUGGGCGUGAUUUCCACCAUCUCCCUGUCUUGGUUCCUCACGCUGUUCCUCAGUGUGAUGCCCUUUGAGAGCGCGGUUGUGGUCGUUGACUGUUUCUUCUAUGAAGGAAUCAAAGUGAUAUUCCAGCUGGCCCUCGCGGUGCUGGACGCGAAUGUGGACAAGCUGUUGAACUGCAAGGAUGAUGGGGAGGCCAUGACCGUUUUGGGAAGGUAUUUAGACAGUGUAACCAAUAAAGACAGCACACUGCCUCCCAUUCCUCACCUCCACUCCUUGCUCAGUGACGAUGUGGAACCUUACCCUGAGGUAGACAUCUUCAGACUCAUCACAACUUCCUAUGAGAAAUUUGGAACUAUCCGGGCAGACUUGAUUGAACAGAUGAGAUUCAAACAGAGGCUGAAAGUGAUCCAGACGCUGGAGGAUACCACGAAGCGCAACGUGGUGCGAACCAUUGUGACAGAAACUUCCUUUACCAUGGAUGAGCUGGAGGAACUUUAUGCGCUUUUCAAGGCAGAGCAUCUCACCAGCUGCUACUGGGGUGGAAGCAGCAACGCACUGGACCGGCACGACCCCAGCCUGCCCUACCUCGAGCAGUAUCGCAUUGACUUUGAGCAGUUCAAGGGCAUGUUCGCUCUGCUCUUUCCCUGGGCGUGUGGAACUCACUCUGACAUUCUGGCCUCUCGCUUGUUCCAGUUAUUAGAUGAAAAUGGAGACUCUCUGAUUAACUUCCGGGAGUUUGUCUCUGGGCUAAGUGCCGCGUGCCACGGGGACCUCACGGAGAAACUCAAACUUCUGUACAAGAUGCACGUGUUGCCUGAGCCAUCCUCUGAUCCCGACGAGCCAGAUUCUGCUUUUGAAGCAACUCAGUACUUCUUUGAAGACAUCACCCCAGAAUGUACACAUGUUGUUGGAUUGGACAGCAGAAGCAAGCACAGUGCAGAUGAUGGCUUUGUCACAGUGAGCCUAAAGCCAGAUAAAGGGAAAAGGUCAAAUUCUCAAGAAAAUCGUAAUUAUCUGAGACUCUGGACUGCUGAAAAUAAAUCCAAGUCAAAGAAUGCCAAGGAUUUGCCCAAAUUGAAUCAGGGGCAGUUCAUCGAGCUGUGCAAGACGAUGUACAACAUGUUCAGCGAGGACCCCAAUGAGCAGGACCUGUACCACGCCACCGCGGCGGUGACCAGCCUCCUGCUGGAGAUCGGGGAGGUCGGCAAGCUUUUCGUCCCCCCACCUGCAAAAGAGGACAAGCUGCACUGUGAGGACAUCGGAGAGGACACGGUCCUGGUGCGCAGCGGCCAGGGCACGGCGGCACUGCCCCGGACCACCAGCCUGGACCGGGACUGGGCCAUCACCUUCGAGCAGUUUCUGGCCUCCCUCUUGACUGAGCCUGCCCUGGUGAAGUACUUUGACAAGCCCGUGUGCAUGAUGGCCAGGAUUACCAGUGCAAAAAACAUUCGGAUGAUGGGCAAGCCCCUCGCCUCCGUCAGUGACUAUGAAAUCUCGGCCAUGUCGGGCUGACAUGGUGCCUUCCUUGGGGUCGGGCGGGAGAGGGGCUUUUUUAUGUUCUGUGUCCAGGGUUUCUUCCUUUCUUUUAAAUUAAAUAUUUAUUAGUCCCUGGCUCGAAGCCUAGUGUUUUCAUAAUGUAAUACAAUGGAAACUAUUGGAGAAAUAUUUAAACACCUCAAUGUAGGUACAGAACCUCUUGUUGGGGGGAGGGGGGCUUACCAGAAUAUGGUUUAUUUAGUGACUUCUGAAGAAAAGAUGAAUCUGUCAGUAAUACGUGUGUAUUAUAACUUAUUAAUCUUGCUGUCGAGCUGUAUACAUGGUUUAAAAAAAUAGUGCUGUUUAAUGCUAAGUAGGGCAGCAGUCGCUUGUGUAUUCAGGCUUUUUAAAUAAAAUUAGAGCAGUAAGAAAAAUGAAAUGCCACAAAUACAAGACUGUCCUUAAAUGGAAAAAGCAUUAUCAGCAAUCCUUUACCACUUUAAAAAGUAUUAAAAGUGUUUUUAAGAUUUGAUAUAUAUUGCAUAAAAUCUCCUAUUUGGAAACCAUGUUCAACAGAUGUUCUCUUUCAAAGGGAAAAAUUUGGAAUGCUAAACAAUUGCAAAAGUGUGAUUUUUAUAUAAUGCCAGAAUAACGCUUGUAUUUGAUCAAUUUGGACAGACAACAGACCAAUUUUGCAUUCAAAAGUUGUUCUGAUUAUUUUUGUCAGGUGAUCAGAAUUAGUGAAGAGUGACAGUUACAGAGAAUCUUAAAGUGGCAGCAGAGACGGGGCUCAGGAUAGGUUUGGUUUCAUUUGAAGGAAUAAACGUACUGAUACUUCUGAUGCUGAGUGUUCAGCUUCUUGUUACUGCAAGUGAAGCAAAAAAUACAACAGUACACUUUACCAUUUCCGUAUUCUCCGUAGAUUUGAGAAAUUUAUGCCAUGUAUCACAUAUGACCAUCUUUCCAUUAAAUCAAUGUAAAGUAGAGAUCAUGUAAACUGAAAUCUGCAAGAUAAUGUAACUGAAUGUUUUAAACUGGAACUUGUCACUUUAUAUAAAAGAAUAGUGUGCUCUAUCAAUUUCCUGAAUGGAUGUAGAAGUGAAAACUAGCGCACCUGCACUUUGAAUUCUUGCUUCCUUUUUUAUUACUGUUGUGGUUUUGUUUUUUUACAGACAUUGGAAGGUUUUUUCCUUCUUGUGGAAUUCAUAAUCACGGUCACAUUUCCUUCACUUACUCAGAAUAUUCCCUUCAACACAUUCCUUUAUUUUCUUACACAUUGUGUCCUUAUUUUAGCUGUUGCUGCUGUUAAUUUUUUAUUUUGUUUACAGAAUGAUUUUUUAACUGUCCAAUGAAAUAGUGUUAACCUCAGAUAGAAUAAAUGUGAACCAAUAAAAUACAUCAGAUACUCAGA